UUGGGAAGUUCUGUAAGGUCAGAAGUAAAACAGAGACAGAGGAACUAGCAGAAAAAAGUUGUGUCUUAAAUUAUCCAUUUGAUUCUGAAAAGUAACAUAAAAAGUUGAGUGGUUUGAGCAAGAAAGAAUGGAGAUUGAGAGUGAAAUGAAGCAGCAAUCCAGGUUUAGGAGGAUUUGUGUGUUUUGUGGGAGCAGCCAAGGGAAGAAGAGCAGCUAUCAGGAUGCUGCCAUUGAACUUGGCAAGGAACUGGUUUCAAGGAACAUUGAUCUGGUGUAUGGAGGGGGAAGCAUAGGACUGAUGGGUUUGGUCUCACAAGCAGUUCAUGAUGGUGGUCGCCAUGUCAUUGGAGUUAUUCCCAAGACGCUCAUGCCUCGAGAGUUAACUGGUGAGACUGUGGGGGAAGUGAAGGCAGUUGCAGGCAUGCAUCAAAGAAAGGCAGAGAUGGCUAAGCACUCAGAUGCUUUUAUUGCCUUACCCGGUGGUUAUGGAACUCUGGAAGAGUUACUUGAAGUUAUAACCUGGGCUCAGCUUGGAAUUCAUGACAAGCCGGUGGGAUUGCUGAAUGUUGAUGGAUACUACAAUUCCUUACUAUCGUUCAUCGAUAAGGCCGUGGAAGAGGGAUUUGUUAGCCCGAGCGCACGCCACAUAAUUAUAUCAGCACCAACAGCCAAGGAGCUGGUGAAGAAGCUGGAGGAUUAUGUCCCAUGUCAUGAAAGAGUUGCUUCAAAGUUGAAUUGGGAGAUGGAGCAGCUUGGCUACACACAAGAAUAUGACAUCUCAAGGUGAUACUUGCUUGGCAGCAUUCAAGCACUAGUGCACUAAAGCUUGUUGGAAUUUUGGAAGUUGAAGAAGCUAAUUUUUAGAACUCUAAAUUUGUAAUAUGGGGAUUUUUUUUUUCAUCUUUUAUUUUUGGUUUUCCCUUGUAAAUUAUUGGAAUUGACCUCACUAUGUGAAGCUUCAAUACUCUGUCUGUGGAAAUUUCCUGCCCCUUUUAUAACUUGUAAGUAACUAAGGCUUUUGUGAACCUUCCCAUAUAUUAACGAAUUUAUACCUUUAUUGUUCUGCA